AUGCGCGACAGCUCCUCGCCAGAACUAUCACCACCACCUUCCGGCUCCGUCUCAGAACCUGGCUCGCCUUUAACUAGUCGGCCGAAUAACAAUAUGGACAUGGACGAGAUUGUCGUCGACCCUUCCCAACCCCGUUUCGGCGUCCUGACAGGAAACGAGCAGCCGCAACCGGAAGUUCGCCUGACCGCUGCUGGCUUGCCGCGUAAGAAGCCCGGUCGCAAGCCUGGUUCUACCGUCAAGCCCAGAAACCCAGAUGAGCCGCCAAAGGUGCGUCGGCCGCGAAAGCCUCGAGACCCAAAUGCGCCGCCCAUUCAGAGGAAGAGGAAAUCGGCACCGGCCCAGGAUGCCGAUGCAGGCUCGGACUCAAAGUCUCUCGCCGCUGCAGCUGCCUCUUCUUCUACGCCGCCUCCUUCUCGACAGACCAAGAUUACAGAUAUAGUCCGUGCUAGCUCCGACUCCCGACCUGGCUCUGCCCAGCCAGAACACACAGCGCAGAAGGCGCCCAAACGAGAAGAACUACCGCGUUCGAUGCAAAGCAUUCUUAAUGCCGAGCCAGAGCCCGAGUCGAAGCCACAAAGCGCAACUCUGCCGACGCGUACUAGCGGGCAUUACGACCCUAUCCGUGGUAGCUACGACCCCGUAAGAGGAAUCUUUGGCAACGCGUCAUCGCCGAGACCCGCAACUCAAACCGUCAACCGACCCAGCGCGUCGCCUUCAAUUGCUAGUCUUGUCGACCCACCCGCACAGAGCGUCACGUCGCCGUCAACCCAGGCUUUCGGCGCCUCAACCCAGUCCCGGGUACAGGAGAAAGCAACUGUCUCUGAAUCACCCUCAUACCCCCUUAGAUCAGUACCCCAGCCUAUCUCGAAGCCAACUGCUCCCGAGCCGAAGAAGUCACUCGCUCCCCCGCCGGUGCCCGCCUCCAAGGCGGAUGCGAAGUCCAAAGAUGCGGCCUCUACUGCUGGCUCCAUCGCAAGCAAGAAGCCAUCGCCCAAGCAGAAGCCUCAGAGGUCCGGGAUCUCGUCGCCAAAGAUUAGUGCACUGGACGAUCCUCGUGGUGAUCCCCUUUCAGACCGAUCCAUUCUCGAUUUUGGCAGAGCCGAAAACGGAAAGGAAUAUAAGGCGCCGGACAUCGUCCUCGACAUCCCUAUCAAACCGGGCGACACCAACAUAUACGUGAACGUGAUGCGCAUGGCCGAGGAGAAGUACGGUUGGGAUGCUCUGCAUCCACGUCUGGCUGAAAAGCGGGACCGCAAGGCGCGUAUCGCUGCCGCCUCUGCCGCCUUGGAGAAGACGGCGUCGGGCCAAGAAUCGGGCGACGAGAUGUCCGAGGACUCAGACAAGGAGGCCAGUAAUGUGGAGAUGGGCGGCAUGACUAGCGGUGCGGACGUUCCUGAGAAGCCCAAGAAGAAGAAGCGCAAUUUCAAGGAAGACGAGUACGACAAGGACGAUGAUUUUGUCGAUGAUUCCGAGCUCCUGUGGGAGCAGCAGGCUGCCGCCAGCAGAGAUGGCUUCUUCGUGUACUCUGGACCGCUGGUGCCGGAGGUGGAGAAGCCCGCAGACACUAGACCCGACGGAUUACCCAAGCGUGGUCGUGGCAGCAGAGGCGGCCGCAUCGGCGGCCGUGGUGGCACUACUCGCAGCGAAGGCGGCACCGGCCGAGGUGGUGGCCCGGGCUCCAGAGGUGGCCGUGGAUCCCGAGGCGGUUCGCUUACUCGCAAACCGCGGAUCACCAAGUCGGAGAAGGAGCAGCUCGAGCGCGAGAAAGCCGAACGCCAACGACAGGCAGAGCUGAGCGCCAAGUCUACAAACGGCUAUUCGCUUCAGCCCCAGACACCUUCCUUUGCGGCAGGAAUGGCUGGAGCGUAG